AUGUCCAUCAACCUACAUUCCGCACCAGAGUAUGACCCAUCCUACAAGCUGAUCCAGUUGACACCAGAGUUGCUCGAUAUAAUACAAGAUCCCGCACAAAAGGAGCAGUUAAGGUUCAAGUCAUUGGACGAAGACAAAUCUGAGGUUGUAUUGUGUUCGCAUGACAAGACUUGGGUACUGAAACAGCGAAAGCAUUCAAACACAGUUCUACUAAUGAAAGAAUUUGCUCCUGAGCAACCUAUUACAUUUGACGAGACGCUGUUGUUUGGGCUCUCCAAGCCGUACAUGGACAUCCUCGGAUUUGCCAAGACCGGGUCAGAAUUCGAGACUAGAGAGACGGUGGGCCAAUUGAACCUGGAUUCAGUACCGAUAUACAACGGAGAACUAGAUUUCCCCGAAAGAAUGACGAAGAAUUUGUCCACAAAGGUUGUCACAACCCUGGAAGAACUACUAGAAAACUCCCCAUGUUCUGCGCUGGAAGGUAUAUCAGAAUGGCAUAAGAUUGGUGGGUCAAUUAAAGAUGGGGUGUUAUGUAUUCUUUCCCCAGAUUUCCUUUUCAAAGCGUUGCACGUAAUGCUGAUGAGUGCAAUGGCGGAGUCGCUGGAUCUACAACAUCUGGAUGUUGAUGAUACACAUCACGCAGUAGGGAAGGACAUCGAGGAUAAUUUCAAUCCAUACACAAGAGAGAUCAUAGAAACAGUGCUGAAUAAAUUCGCCGUCCAAGAGCAGGAGGCAGAAAAGAAUACGUGGCGCUUGAGAAUACCGUUUAUAGCCCAGUGGUACGGAAUUCAAGCGCUAAGGAAAUAUGUGUCCGGGACAAGCAUGCCAAUUGAUGAAUUUCUCAUCAAAUGGAAAUCUCUUUUCCCACCCUUCUUCCCCUGUGACAUUGACAUUGAGAUGCUCCGAGGCUACCAUUUCAAGCCUACCGAUAAAAGUGUGCAGUAUAUAGCGAAAAGCACACUACCUAUGAACCCCAAGGAACGAUUUAAAGUUUUGUUUAGAUUACAGUCACAGUGGAAUUUAGAGGAUAUCAAGCCUCUAAUAGAAGAACUGAACUCAAGAGGCAUGAAAAUAGACAGUUUUAUUAUGAGGUAUGCCCGCCGUAAAAGGCUGGGUAAAAAGACCAUAGUCACGAGCAGGUAG